CACAUUUUAUGUGGAGCGGAACAGGGAAAAUAAUUUUUUUUAGAAAGCGGUUUUAUCCUAACAAAGAAGCCUCAAGCACUCUAUAUAAGUAGCAAAAAGAAUACGCUACCAAAUAACAUCUUGAACCUGUAACAGAGAAAGUAUUAGAUCAAAAUUGUUGAGAUGAGUGAAAGCACAGAACGUUUUCAACUUUUCAGAAGUGUUGUGGCAGCUGAAUAUUUUUUGCAAUAUGAUGUUUUGUUCAAAGACGUCAAAAACAUACGGAAAUUGGAAGUUGAUCUAACAAUAGAAGAGAAGAAAUGUUUAGAAAAGGUACAUGAGAAUCUACUUAACGAGGCGAUAAGGAUAGUGAAACCCCUCAAAGAUAUGGAUAUAGGAUCUGAAGAAACAUUCAUUCUGGAUGAUGAUGAAGAGAUGAUUAAAUGGUAUUUGGAAGACAACUUGAUAGAUUGUCAUAAAAUAUGUAAGGAGAUUGAAACGUUAGGUGUUUGCCAUGUCUGAGAUUAAUACUCUUAUGGUUAUUUUUCCUCUAGAGGUAUAAUCUAAGAAAUGUGAAAGGAAUAUGGAAGGGAUGAGGAGAACAACCUUUUUUAUGAAUAAUAAAUAUCAUUGAAAAUGAUAAA